CCCGUCAUUCCCGCCCCCAUUCCCGCCCCGUUCCUCUCCCGCCACCAUUCCGGUUCUCCCGGCCAUUCCCAGGUGGAGCGCCUGGCGCGGACGCUGUUCCUGUGGAAGGCGGACGUGCACGAGCAGAAGGAGCGCGUCUCCGAGAUGCGCCGCUGGAACGAGGCCCUGGUGGCCAACAUGCUGCCCGAGCACGUGGCCCGACACUUCCUGGGCUCCAAAAAGCGGGAUGAGGAGCUGUACAGCCAGUCGUACGAGGAGAUCGGGGUGAUGUUCGCCUCCCUGCCCAACUUUGCGGAUUUCUACACCGAGGAGAGCAUCAACAACGGCGGCAUCGAGUGCCUGCGCUUCCUCAACGAGAUCAUCUCCGACUUCGACGCCCUGCUGGACGAGCCCCAGUUCCGCUGCAUCACCAAGAUCAAGACCAUCGGCAGCACCUACAUGGCCGCCUCGGGAGUGACGCCCGACGCCGGCGCCAACGGAUUCGGAGCCAAGCCGGAUCCUCGCUCGGACAAGGAGCGCUGGCAGCACCUGGCCGACCUGGCCGACUUCGCGCUGGCCAUGAAGGUGACGCUGAUGAACAUCAACUACCAGUCCUUCAACAACUUCAUGCUGCGCAUAGGGAUGAACAAGGGGGCGGUGCUGGCCGGAGUCAUCGGCGCCCGGAAGCCGCACUACGACAUCUGGGGCAACACCGUCAACGUGGCCAGCAGGAUGGAAUCCACCGGGGUCAUGGGCAACAUCCAGGUGGUGGAGGAGACGCAGCAGAUCCUGAAGGAAUUCGGGUUCCGCUUCGUCCGGCGCGGCGCCGUCUACGUCAAGGGCAAAGGGGAGCUCCUCACCUUCUUCCUGAAGGGCCGGGAAAAACCGGGAUCCGUGCCCCUCCCCCACCAGGUGCUGGAGAAUUCCUGAGGAAUCCUCGGGAAUCCCCGCCGGGACGAGGAUCCCCCGCGGCCCCUGGGGAAGGGGGAUUGUCCCCGGGGUUUUCUGGGAAUUCCGGGAGACGCGAGCUCAGGGAUGGUGGGGAGGGAUGGGAGCGAGGCGGCGGGGGGAGGGAAAAGCGGGAAUUGCCGGGAGCCGCCCCUCCCCCCCCCGGAGUGUUUUGUGUUCCGGAUCCAUAAAUUCUGUCGGAGAAGAC